CUUAACGUUUAUAUAGAAUAGUUUCUCCGCCCGAAUAAGUUUUCUUGUGCUGUAUCACAGUAGCUUCACUUUCCCCAAUAUCAUCGCUGUGUGUGACUUACUUUCAUGGAAUAUCACGUAAAUUCGGAAGAGCAGUGGAUACUGUGAACUAGGGUUGUACGAACUCGACAAUGGCUACGGGGAUGACAAUCUCUCGUGAUCAGAACGAGGAUGGUGACGUGUUCAUAAACGACGAAGAGGGCGUGCUCAGGGCGAUAGGGAAAAAACUAUUCGAGGCCAUCAAUGAGGGCGACCUCAUAAAGGUCGACGUUUUAUUGCGAGGAAUAUCAGCUAACUCGUCUAACUUGGACAUUAGGGACAAAGAUGGCACGAACACCUACUCUCACGCAAUCAGCAAAGGAUUUUCACCUAUUGUUGAGACAUUGCUCCAGUACAACGUCCCUCUCGGUGACGCCCUCCUCAGGGCAUGCGCCGCAUCUUACGAAGACGCCAUGAAGAUCAUCAUCAAACACACCAAGAAACUAUCCAAUGAGGAGAGACAAGCCGUUAUUGAAUGCCGCUGUGAUAAUGAUGACUUUCAUGAAAAAAUGACCCCGCUCAAGAUGGCUGCCAUUCGAAACAAUUUCAUCAUUGUUCAGUAUUUACUGAAAGCAGGAGCGGAGAGGAUUCGAGAACCAAAGCUUGAAGGGCUAUCCGAGGCCUCGCUGUCUGAGGUUGUCGAGUACCUAGACAUUUACAGGGCACUGUCGAGUCCGGCGUACCUCGGCUUGGCGCACCCCAACGCCCUGAGCAACGCCUUCAAACUCACCGGCCGACUGCGGAAGAUUGCAGGGUUGUGGGAGGCGGUCAACAAGGAGUUCUACGACCUCGCCGACCAGGUGGAACAGUUCUGUGCAUCCCUGCUCGAUUACGUCGCCAACUCUGUCGAGCUUGGAACACUUUUCAGGCAGAGUGAUGACCCGGAAGUAGUCCAUGUCGUCGCGCAAGUGAAGAAUGCCGUCGAUUUUGAACAGAAAGCAUUCGUAGCACACGCAUACACGCAGAAGAUCAUGUCGAUCAACUUUUAUCGGAACAUCGACACUCAUACGCCUUGGUUCGGAUUUCUGAGUCUCCUCACCAUGUUUGGAUAUCCUUUCAUCUGUCUGGCUUACAUCCUCGUACAGCACCCACGCUUAAAAAGAUGGCUAUCUAUACCAUACAUCAAGUUGUGCAUUUUCUUUGGAUCCGAUCUUGCCAUCUUUGUCUGUUAUGCAGCUCUGUGUGUCGUCAAUGAUCCCAGAAUAACUGAUAUCAUAUUGGUCUUCAUAUUGAUAUUUUGUGUUGCGCUUUCUUGGAAGCAUAUUUGUGAUAUCAUGGAGUAUGGCAUCGGGGACUUUCUCGGUUACGGAGCAAACAUACUGGAGUCAAUCACACUCAUCAUAAGCUUUGUUCUGCUUAUGUGUAAAUCGAUUACUCUACUUCUGGACGUGUACGAAACGCGUGCAAUGAAACGUCACGAUAAACGGGUCGCGAUGGUGAACAACGUUACUGUGACGUCAGAUCUGAAGCUAUCCAAUGUCACUGUGACCGAUCGGCUUGAACAAUUUGUAUCGUUGGACUGGAACGAUCCUCAGAUCGUGUUAUAUGUCUUGUUAGGUGUUGUGGUUCUUCCCAAUGCAAUACGCGCUUUCACCACGGCUCUCAACUCAUACCAAGACUUAUACAGCAUCUGGGAAUCAACAGUGGGCGCUCUUAGUGAUAUGUUCAAGUUUGUGACUGUCUUCGCCAUCUUCCAUUUCGCAUUCGCUGUCGGCUUGUUUGGUAUUUACGUAACUCAGAAAGAAAUCUAUGCAGAAGAUUUGGCUGAUGAGGGUUAUCACAGCAUCCCGAACGCACUGCUUACUCUCUGGUGGGUAUUCAAUAGUAUGGGCGAUAAAGCGGAGCUCAACGGUCAAGUCACAUUCGUCAACGUCGUGCACAUCGUGAUCGUCGGCAUCUACUACACCGUUGCCCUGGUCCUGAUCAACACUCUGAUUGCCAUCCUCGCCUCCAAGUUUGAAUCUAUCGCGGAAAAUUCGGAUACCGAGUGGAAGUUUGGACGGACCAAAAUGUGGCUGCGAUUUAUCCGAACUGAUAUUGCUCUACCGCCUCCAUUCAACAUUGUACCGACAACCGGGUUCAUUAUCCGACUCUUAAAGAAUUGCUUUUCACUUUGUACCGCCGGAUGCACCCAAACGAGCCAGAAACAGCCUGAGAAAUCAGAAGAAAAAACUAACCACGAUGGCAAUGCAAGGAAAGUAAUGAAAGAGAUACUUAAGAGAUACAACACGACUCAAAUCGAGAAACCAGACGAUGAAGAAUCAUUCGGCAUCGAUGAUAUUCGUCAAAUCAACCAAGACUUCGUCACCGUCAAAUUCAAUGUACAGACCAAACUGCAAGUCAUCAAGAACAUGAUAGACGCCAUAUGGUUAACAAUCGGAAAUAUCGAGUGCAACUUCCCAAUCAUGGACGACAUAAAAGACAAGAUACCGGUUACCCGAACCGAGGUCAUCGAUAUGUUCCAGACUAAUUAUCCGGUCCUUGAUAACGACAUAGGUAACCUUCAGGUGGUCAUCGAAGACGUCAUGGAAGAGCUCGGCUACCGUCCCGAAGUCGCUCCGAAGCCGCGUCGGAAGGAAAUUGUUCAGGAUGUGAUCGACGGGCCACCCAUAGUCUUGCCGGACCCAACUCCUGCACCGACUCCUGAACCGACUCCUGAACCGACUCCUGAACCGACUCCUGAACCGACACCUGAACCGACUCCUGAACCGACACCUGAACCGACUCCUGAACCGACUCCUAUACCGACUCCUGAACCGACUCCUGAACCGACUCCUGAACCGGAGAGGACUCUCAUCGAGCGAGUAAUCGACUUCUUUACGGAACUAAGUGACAAUAAUGAAAUUGGUCAGGAUGUGAUCGACGGGCCACCCAUAGUCCUGCCGGACCCGACUCCUGAACCGACUACUGAACCGACUACUGAACCGACUCCUAAACCGAAGAUGACUCUCACCCAAAAGAUGGCGAAUAUGUUCGCAGAGGGCCGAACUGUGGAGACCGACGACGAAGUGACAGAAGAGGUUCAGAAGUUUAGACUAGGUUUCAUCGACCGAGUAAUCGGCUUCGUUAAGGGAUCAAGUGACGAUAAUGACUGAAGCAUGCUUAAAAGAUACCUCAAGAUAUAACUUUAGUUAUUUUGAGAUAUGUAAUUUACAUUUGCCCAUUAACCUACAAGAUUCCACACCAAAGUGUUAAAGAGAGGCAUAAAGAAAGAUGUACAGUUUCUUAGCACGACAUGGGCAUUGCCAUAAUAAGUAAUUUAUUUUUCAAAUGUAUUAUAAUUUAUGAAUGCUACCUGCCCAGGUGUGUAUGGUGAUGAAGUAUUUCUUUCACCUGAUAUUAUCCUUUGUACCAAAUUUUAUUGCAAGAACGCAAAUUCCAUAAAUAAGAUGGUGCUCUUUUGGGGUGAAGGUUGCGCAUUUUUGCCAACUGCUAUAUUUUAGUAUUUUUAAAUAAGUGAGUAACAAUUGUUCACCUGUUAAAUUUUCUUUCAACACAUAUAAUUUGUACGAUCUCAGUUAUAAUUUUCUCUGAUUGAUAAAUAAAGGUUUUGUUAUUUUAUUCAAAUGUCUUUCCAACUAAAGCUUGGUGCAUGAUACAUGUACAACUCCACCUGGUACGUUACAUUUUCAAACAAAAAAUGGCUGCGCCAAUGUCAUGCUAUUAGGAAUGAUAUCAUGCCAAGAAUAUCUUUCUUAAUAUAUCUCUUGUAGACUCUCAUAAGGAAUAUUUUACAUCAAAGGGCAAAAAUACAUAUCCCUUUUUCAGAAUACCAACACUCAUUCUGUGGGGUAAGGUUUUCUUUAAAACAGGAUGACCAUGGAUGGUUCUUGGUGGUUAGGCCUACUGUAAUCCUAUGCCCAUUUAUGUGGAGCAGCUGAUAGGCUCUGCUGUGUAAAAUACAGAGUAUCAUAAUUUCCCCUGCUGUAGAUGAGCCGCCAUGAAAAGGCGCUGAACGUUCGAGCAAUUUCUUCUUAACGGCCACUCUUAUACUUCGCCUGGGUGGAGAGCGGCAAACAUGUUAAAGUAAACAAAAAUACGAGACCACCAUUUAUAAACGAUCAUAGUAAUACCGGUUUCUGAUAGAGCACUUUAAUAUCAAGUGACGAAUUUGAAAGCGCUAACCGUUUGAUUACUAGAUUCACUUACUAUUUACAGUCCGUUUUUUCCCUUUCCAUGGGGCCAUUCAAACUAGUCGCCUUUUUACGGGCGCGCACAUGCUAAAUGAAGCCACUGCUGACGUUCGCAUCUUACCGGGUGCGUAUUUUUUUAUUUACAUGGCAGCGAGGGGAAUUUCUCGAUUAAUCCCAAUGAAACCGCUCGCGAAGAGUCUAGACUAGACCGAAUCCGAGUACGAGUACCUAGCAGCAGUGCAGUGUAUUAUAUGUGUUGUACUCUCAUACCCCAGAAGGGGGUCGAAUGAGUCAAUAAAUUCUAUUCUAUUAUAUUUUAUUAUAAAGGGAAUUGUACUUAACAUGUAGAUCUAGAGAAUGAAACGAUGAAAGACAUCUUAAAGCUUAUCUGCCGUAGUUUACAGGAGGGAUCAGAGCCCCCUGCAAGGUCACUGGACAGGUGGUUAUCUCAUCAACUAAGUUCUCAGUUAACAUAAGAAAAAGAGGAUCAUGGGGGACCAACGGUCAUCGAUUAGGCACUGUUUGUUAUAUAGAUGGCGCCAAUUUACCAGGUACCAAUUUACCACCUGGGUAAAAGAGAGAAAUAUAGAUAAAUUGACUUGAUCAAGGACAUCAGGAAGACAACUGACCGAGAAUUAAUAACCUACUAAUGAUUCAAAAUCGGUCUUUUUGAUGUUGGCCUGGAGUCGGUUUAGCGGUUUGACUGAGGUACUAGCUGGUCAACACUCGGGUUGAGGUUAGGGUUAGACCGAGGUCUAAGUUGCUCUUUUGUUAAGCAUGACCUAAUGGUGUCUUUUCACAAAGCGUUAUAUGAUAGAUACUUCAAGCCCAGCUCAAUGUUUUAACUGAAUUGGUAGAUUACGGGCCCUGACGGGGCCAUGACUGUUUGCUCUAAAAAAGGACAAGAGUCGUAAUAUUGAUGCAGCUAUGAUUGCAUAAAGAUCUCUUUCAAGAUUAAGAAAUAAAUAGAGGCUUUAAUGGUACACUUCUGAUGAAAAAAACAUGUUGGUGAUAAAUUUUGGUACGAGGUUUAUACUCUUGUGUUCUUAUUAAGCUAAUAUUGGUCAGGUGUUUGGUAUAAAGGCAAGUAUAUUCGUGGAACGAUCGCAAUUACUUUCGAAAAAAAUCGAUCCGGGAGCAAUUUCAAUACCCUAUCGUAUACCCCUAGGAACUUAUGUGCGGAUUGCGUAAUACGACUUUGUAAAUGUCCGCACAUUUAAAAAGAUGACGUACAAGGGUAUUGAAGUGACCUUAGGCUGAUUUCUCGAAAGUUUUUGCGAUCGUGUAGUGUGUAAGAUAUAUAGUUGUGCUCAUACUACUUUCAUGUGUUUGCUGAUUACUGUUUGUUGAACAAACUCGCAAGGGUUCUCGUGUCUAGCCCAAAUAUGGACUUUUAGUUUGUAAAAUUUAGCGAGCGAGAUAAUUGCGUUACCAAAAAGAUGUAUAUCAUUUUAUAUUGAGGGCGACAUUUUAUAUCGUUUUAAUAUAUUGUUGUUACUAAAGUAUGAGAAUACACCGGUGUGGAUAUAAUAUAUAGAUGAAAAAUACGGGUAGUUUCUAAACUAUUGGGGACUUAAUUAAUAUGUUGUACUAACUACAGGCUUAAUGAAAAGUUGCACGAAGGGAAAUGCGCCUUAACUCACUCUCACACAUUCAACUGUGAUUACGUACGAGCUCUGAUCAAAUCCGAAAUCGGUACUUUCACAUGUUUUACUUCAAAAUACACGAGCUUUGAAAUGAAAUUAAUGUGCAUACAUGAUGGGGUGGGUGACCAAAUUUUCCCUUUUCCCUUUUCCCCCACACAUUAAGAAAUACGUAGAUCAACAUAUUUCAUGUUAUAUACGUAAUAAGAAUAAUAUAUCAUAUAAUCGAAUUCUAAGCAGUUCAAAGCUGUGUAAACUUACAAUCAAUAAAAACACGAGAAAAUUGGAAGGCUUUCCAAGACUGACUUCAGUCAAAAUGUGUGACCUUACCUCGUGCAUGAUAUUUCCGGGUAUUUGUAAAGAUUCCACACAAGAUUCCAAAAAGUGUCAUAAUUCAAACAAAAGCAGAACUAUAUGUUGAAACUUUAAACUAGAUAAUAAUUUCUCUCUAUUGUUGAAAUUUCCUGCAAACAGGAAAAAUAUGAUUUUUGUUUAUUCACGUGUUAACAACAGUGUUGGCCUAGUCAUUACCUGUAAUUAGAUUGUUUUAAAAGUUUAAAAUUUGUCUCCUCUGGAUAUGUCAUUUAUUCUUUUUCACAGCAUCAUUUUUCUUUUAAUGUUUGGUAUAUUAUUUCAGUCAAAAUCGUGCAAAAUACACUAAUUCAAAAUCAUGCAGAAUAAACUCAUCAUUAAUAAAUCAACUUA